UUUGCUUAUAUAUUGAAGAUGUACUGUUGAUAAACAAAUCCUUCUUUUUCAUUCCGUGGUCAAAAGAUGCCGUAUUGAUCGCUAUUUGAAAGAGAUACGGACAUAGGAGGAAAGAAAUGUAUAGAUAUACGUAUAGAUAUGUACGGUGCUUUAUCACGUAUUAAUUUAAGAUUAAGCAAUGACACAUGUGAAUACAGACCAGCGCUGCUCAGUCAAGUAACGACUUUCUACUUUAGUGGGUGUUACUAGUCAUUCAACGAGUUGUUGAACAGUUGAAACGGAAUGGAACAUUCAUAUGCCGGAAAAUAAAUACGUCUAUCCUUUUUGAUCGAAAAAUUAAUUGAUAAAUUAAAAAUCAUUAUGGAUGGAAAAGUAAAAGCAGAGAGGAAACAGAAUCCUAGAAAAGGUGCUAAUCCUCUUAGCAUUCUAACAUUUGCAUUUACGUUUCCUACAUUUUGGACUGGUUAUCAAAGAGACUUAGAAAUAAGUGAUUUAUAUAAACCCUUGAAAGAGCAUACAAGCGAUUAUUUAGGUACUAAGUUAUCAAGAACAUGGCAAAAGGAGUAUAAAACUUAUGUAAAACAGAAAUUAUCGAAUGAAGGAAAGAAAAGUGAUGAGAAAAAGAAGUUAAAAGAACCUAGUUUAGUAAAGGUGCUUUUCAAAUGUUUUGGACCUCGAUUAAUGUUAUAUGGAAUAGUUCUAGCCGUUUCGGAUAUUGUUUUGAGGAUAAUGCAGCCAAUAUUCCUUGGUCGGCUUCUGCGAUAUUAUACAAUCGAUAACGACACGGUGGUCACGAAACAAACUGCCUAUUUAUAUGCAGGAGGUGUAGUACUGUGUUCAGGUAUAAUGAUAUUCUUUACUCAUCCAUACAUGAUGGGGAUACUUCACAUGGGAAUGAAGCUGCGUGUGGCUUGUUGUACAUUAAUCUACAGAAAAGCACUGAAGCUUUCAAGAAUUGCUUUGGGUGAAACAACAGUGGGACAAGCAGUGAAUCUCUUGUCCAAUGAUGUUAAUAGAUUCGACAUAGCACUUAUAUAUUUACAUUACUUGUGGAUUGGACCACUGGAAACUGUCAUUAUAGCAUACUUAAUGUACAGAGAAGUUGAACUGUCUGCUAUUUUUGGAAUAAUAGUUCUCCUGCUGUUUAUUCCUUUACAAGGAUACUUGGGUAAAAAGUCUUCGGUAUUCAGGUUAAAAACGGCCAUGAGAACAGAUGAAAGAGUCCGAUUAACUAAUGAAAUUAUUGGUGGUAUCCAGGCAAUCAAAAUGUAUACCUGGGAGAAACCGUUUAGCAAUUUGGUUGAAAGAGCAAGGAGGAGAGAAAUAAAUGUUAUACGAAUUAUGUCUAUAGUCAGAGGUAUCACCAUGUCUUUCAUAAUGUUCACUACAAGAAUGUCACUUUUUGUUACUAUACUAGCAUAUAUAGCGUACGAUCGUAAGAUAACUGCUGAAAAAGUGUUCAUGCUGCAGGCAUAUUAUAAUAUUUUACGGCAAAAUAUGACUGUCUUUUUUCCACAAGGAAUAACUCAAGUAGCUGAGUUAUUAGUUUCUAUAAAACGGUUACAAAAGUUUAUGUGUUACGAAGAAAUUAAGGAAACAAACCAGAAAAAAACGGAAUACAAGCAGGAGGAAUCAAAAGAUGAAAAGGACAAGAAAGGUGUACAUAACAUAGUCGAUACAAAUAAUUAUCAACAAGAACAUAUUAUAUCGUUGAAGAAUGCUAGUACCAGAUGGUUUCCUUAUGAAGAAGAAGAUACACUAAAGAAUUUUAACAUUAACGUAAAACCAGGCGAAUUAAUUGUCGUUGUUGGUCAAGUUGGUUCUGGUAAAAGUAGUUUUCUUAAUGUAUUAUUAAAGGAAUUGCCUUUGACCGCGGGUACUUUACAAAUGAAUGGGACAUUUGCAUAUGCUAGUCAAGAACCAUGGUUGUUUGCCGGAUCUGUUAGACAAAAUAUUUUGUUUGGCAGAGAUAUGAAUCAGUUUCGGUACGAUCGUGUAGUUAAAUGUUGUCAAUUGAAAAGAGACUUUGCUUUAUUACCGUACGGCGAUAAAACGAUUGUUGGUGAAAGAGGAAUUAGUUUAUCAGGUGGACAACGUGCUAGGAUUAAUUUAGCCAGAGCGAUCUAUGCUGAAACGGAUAUAUACUUACUGGAUGAUCCGUUAAGCGCGGUCGAUGCUCAUGUGGGCAAACAUAUGUUCGAAGAAUGUAUCGUUAAGUACUUAAAGGGAAAGACUAGAAUUCUUGUUACGCAUCAGCUACAGUACUUACGAAAUGUCGAUAGAAUAAUCGUUUUGAAAGAGGGAGAAAUACAAUGUGAUGGUUCUUACGACGAGCUUAUCUCAAUGGGAACAGACUUUGGAAGACUAUUGGAAAAUCAAUCGACCGAUGGGGGAGAAAAAUCAGGAUCUGCUCCCGCAAGCAGAAGUACUUCUCGACAUGCCAGUAUCACAUCAUUGAGUUCGGUAAAGACUAAUACUUCCGAGAUAGAAGAUCCAGUUGAGGUAGCUGAGACGCGUACGAAAGGCAAAAUUUCCGGUAAAGUGUACAAAGGAUAUUUCACCGCAGGUGGAAACUGGUCUAUCGUAGUUACGGUUACUUUACUUUGUGUAGUCGCGCAGUUGUUAGCCAGCUGUUGCGACCUCUUCAUUUCUCAGUGGGUUAAUAUGGAAGAAAAAUAUGUAAUUAUCAUAAAUGUUAUCUUUUCCUUUUUAUCCUUUCAUUUUUUAUCAAUUGUAACAAGUAAACAUGUUUGUUUAAAGGUGAAUGAAACAAAAAACGGCAUUGAAGAGCACUGGGAAGGUCCAAUAAGCCGUAAUGUUUGUAUCUAUAUAUACAGUGGUUUGAUUGUUUCCACUGUAAUAAUUACUUUGACACGUUCCGUCACCUUUUUCUCGAUGUGCAUGAAAGCAUCUACUAGAUUACACGAUCGCAUGUUCCGAUGCAUAAGUCGAGCAACAAUGAGAUUUUUCAAUACCAAUACAUCGGGUCGCGUUCUUAAUAGAUUCUCAAAAGAUAUGGGCGCUAUCGACGAACUUUUACCCUCAGUUUUGAUUGACUGUUUACAAAUUGGUUUGUCACUUCUUGGUAUUGUAGUUGUUGUCGGGAUAGCCAAUUAUUGGUUGAUGAUACCCACCGUAAUCAUCGCAGUAAUCUUCUAUUACAUUCGUGUGUUCUACGUGGCAACUAGUCGCAGCGUCAAACGACUGGAAGGAGUUACUCGUUCCCCGGUAUUUGGGCAUCUCAGUGCAACUUUGCAAGGAUUGCCAACUAUUCGUGCCUUUGGAGCGCAAGAAAUUCUGACGAAGGAAUUCGAUCAACACCAAGACCUACAUUCAUCAGCAUGGUUUAUAUUCAUAUCUUCAUCAAGAGCAUUUGGGUUUUGGCUGGAUUUCUUCUGCGUUAUCUAUAUCACUCUCGUUACCUUGAGUUUUUUGGUACUAAAUAAUGGUGAUUCUCAAAGCGGUAAUGUUGGUUUAGCUAUAACGCAAAGUAUCGGAUUAACUGGAAUGUUCCAGUGGGGCAUGCGACAAAGUACCGAGCUCGAAAAUCAAAUGACCUCAGUGGAACGUGUAUUGGAGUACAGCAAUUUGGAAAAUGAACCAGCGCUCGAAAGUACUCCAGACAAGAAACCCAAGGAAACUUGGCCGGAAGAGGGUGAGAUUAAGUUCAAGGGCGUAUUCAUGAGGUAUGAUCCGGCUGAACCUCCAGUACUAAAGAAUCUGAACAUCGUAAUUUAUCCGCAAGAAAAGAUAGGAAUUGUCGGACGAACAGGUGCGGGAAAGUCAUCCUUAAUCUCAGCACUGUUCCGCCUCGCCUAUCUCGACGGUGAUAUCUUGAUCGAUGGUGUCAAUAUCAGCGAGAUUGGUCUUCAUGAUUUGCGAUCGAAGAUCAGUAUUAUCCCUCAAGAACCUUUUUUGUUUUCGGGUUCAUUGAGGAAAAAUUUAGACCCAUUCGAUAAUUACAGUGAUAAUGUGCUAUGGCAAGCGUUAGAGGAAGUCGAACUAAAGGAAAUGGGGCUAGAGACUCAUAUUAACGAAGGUGGUUCCAAUUUGAGUGUCGGUCAGCGUCAACUGGUCUGUUUGGCACGCGCGGUCGUGAAAAGGAACACUAUCCUCAUUCUCGAUGAGGCUACCGCGAAUGUCGAUCAAGCAACCGACGAGCUCAUUCAAAGAUUGAUUCGUACAAAAUUCGAAAGCUGUACAGUAUUAACUAUCGCUCAUCGGCUGAACACCGUCAUGGACAGUGAUCGAAUUUUGGUAAUGGAUGCCGGCAACGCAGUGGAAUUUGAUGCUCCGCAUUUGCUGAUUCAAAAGAAUGGGUAUCUAAUGAAUAUGAUAAAGGAAACAGGACCGUCAAUGGCAGAAGUUUUGAAGCAAGUCGCUCGUCGAAAUUACGAGAAUCGUACAUCAUCUGCACUUUGAUAAUUUUACGAUGCAUUUGCCAAUUCAUAAAUAAAAUUCCGAAAAUCAUCCGAUUAUCAACUUGUGGGGUUACUUAACUUUGUUGUCAAAGCAUAUGCCACCUUCGGACGAGAUUCCUUUUUCACCGAAUUUCGUGUUCAUCUACACAGUAUUAUUACAUAGAUUUUUGUAAACGAACUUGACAUCGUAUUCUGAUAAAUAUUGCCGUAAAGAACCCGUGACGAAACGUAAACGUACUUAAGUACGUAAUAAUAAAAAACAAAAACAAAAAAAAAAAAAAAAAGCUACUUUUGUAGAAACCGUAUUACAAUUAAGGAAUAAAAAAAACUUUA